AAACACAAACCUUUUUAAUCUAAAAACACACAAAAAAAAAUCAAGAAUCUCUAUAUUGUCCACCAUGAAUCUCCUCAAACUUCAUCACCAACACAACUAUUACCAUACUAAAUUCUCUUCGAUUUCUAGAAAUUCAUCUUUUUCAGUACCCCAUUUCCUCAUUUUCACUACACACAAACCAAAAAUCAAUUCUUUAACUGUUAAUAAUAAUUAUUUUCUUGAAAAUUUUAAGCAAAAAAAUGUGAGAGCUUUAACUGUAAAAACUCAAAUUUGGAGUGAUAAAGAAGAGGAAAAAGAAGAUUCAGAAGGGAUUGAGUACUUAGCAGCAGAUGGGGUUGUUUAUAAGAAGACUUUGAGAUUAGUUGAAGGUGCUAUGUUUGCUGCUGUUUCAGGAUUGGCUUAUCUUUUGAGCAAUUCUCUUGCUAUUGAGCACAGAAUUACUUCGGCUGUUUCUUCGCAUUGCCAAUCGUUGUAUCCUCAAUGAGAUGGGGCGUCGCAGCUGGCAGGAAAACCAUGGUGGCAACUGUUAUACUCUUGUUUGUCUUGUCUGGUCCAGUGAAAGCAUUAAAUUACAUGGUGAUGAUGUUACUAAAGUAGCUACACUUUUUUCUCCUGAUUCAGUUAAUGCAUGGUUUACUUGGCUUCACAAUGGGUUCCUUAUGGAGGUUGAGAACAAGUUGGGGUGCCUCAAUCUUCUUGUGCGCUCUUGCUCGAGCUGUGGGUGCUCUCGGAUAUGUUUUGUUAUCCUCAUUUUUAAUAGGAGAAAACAUACUUGCUCUGAUCACGAUAAAUAUUCAUGCUGCUCUCUCGUACAUCCUCGCAUCUUUAGGCAGUACAAUAGUUCCAUCUAUGAACUUUAUAUACACCUUAUUCGGAACUCUGCUUUUGAUAAAUUGCACGUUCUUUGUGUUCUUGCUGCAUCUUCUCUAUGCCAUUUUCCUUACCAAAUUCGGCAUGAAAGCUCAUUUGAGGUUGCCAAGGUGGUUAGCCAUAUCAAUUUAAACAGGUGAAAAAGAGCACUCUCAUUCUAGGCGCGGUAGAAGUGGUACUCAGCGCGGAUACUACACCAUCGUAAUGGUUAGUACAAGAUUAUUUUGAUUACCAUUGAUUCAAGAUUGUCGAUAUGAAUAGGCAAUCAACUUCAUCUGCUGUUCAAAGCAAUAUAAAGUCAGCAAUAAAAAAUUUGAUUGCCCAGUUUACUUGUACAUGUAUUUGUAAUCCAUAUUGGCCAAUGCACUGAAAAUUUCAUCUGAUGGGAGAUGAUAAUACUUUUGUGUCUA